AUGCUCUUCCGACCAAGACCAUUGAGAAUUAGAAACUUCCGAGUGACCAUCCAACCAAACUUCCAGCUGAUAACCAGUUCACCAUUCUCCUCCACCUCCAGUAAACAUGAACCAUCGACCGCACAAGUCAAACAUCUUACCGUCAUCGGUGCUGGGCUGAUGGGAAGUGGGAUCGCUCAAGUGGCUGCCCAAGCGGGCAUAUCAGUAACAGUACAUGGGAUGAACCAAGAGAUCUGUAAGGAAUCCAAGUCGAUCAUCAAUCAAUCCUUAAAACGAAUCGCAAAGAAGAAAUUCUCUGAAGAUAAUCAAGCCACCCAAUUCAUCGAAUCCGUCAACAACAACUUGAAAUUCGCAACCGAGCUCAAGAGCGCAGUCGAUACUCAAAGGACUGACCUGAUCAUCGAAGCCAUCGUCGAAAAGAUUGAAAUCAAACAGGAAUUGUUUAAGACCUUGGAUGGUCUGAUCGAGAACCCUGAGACGAUCUUCACCAGUAACACCUCCUCACUCAAGAUUGGUGAUAUCAGCCAGGCAGUCUCAGCCCAAAGAAAGAAACAAUUUGCUGGUUUACAUUUCUUCAAUCCAGUUCCUCAAAUGAAAUUGGUCGAAGUGAUCAAAACCGAUCAGACUUCUGAAGAGACUGCUCAACGACUGAUCAACUUCUCUAAACAGUUGGGUAAAAGCCCAGUCAGCUGCACUGAUACACCAGGCUUCAUCGUCAAUAGGUUAUUGGUGCCCUACCUGUUGGAAGCGAUGAGAAUGCUCGAGCGAGGAGAAGCAACCAAGGAAGAUAUCGAUACGGCGAUGAAGUUAGGAGCGGGUCAUCCAAUGGGACCGAUAGAGCUCUCGGACUACGUCGGCCUGGAUACGAUGAAAUUCAUCUCCGAUGGCUGGAGAGAGAGUAAAGUCCAAUCGGGUGAGAUCGAUCAGGCCUUGGUCAAACCCCUCAAAACCCUUGAUCAACUCGUCAAAGAUGGAAAACUCGGUCGUAAAACUAAGGAAGGCUUCCUCAAAUACUGA